CUCACUCUCACUCUCUCGCGCGCGCGCGUGUAGCGCUUAGCUCCAUCCACCUCCCCCGCCACUAUAAAAGCCUCCUCCUAAUUCGUACCUCACACUCUCUUUCUUUCUCUCUUUUUUCCCUCCAACUUCUUUACUUCUCACAUCCACUCCCAUACUCUCAUAAAGCCCCCCUCUCCCUCUCUCUCUCUCCUCUUCCAUCUCACAAACCAAAUCCCACAAUGCCUUCGAUCCUGAACGCCAUCCGCUCCGCGACCCCCUCGCCUGCGCGUCAAUUCACCUCCCUCAACAUCGCCUCCUCCACCUCCAUCAAGAGCGCGUUCCACCCGGAGCACCACCCCAUUAUCCUCCAGCAGCUGGUCGAGUCCAUCUCCCCCCGUGCCCAGAAUGUCGCCUCGGAUUCCGUCGUGAGGGACGCCCUCAGCAAGACCACCUCGACUGCCAAGCGUUCAUAAUUUCAGGAACCAAACAACAGCAACAGCAACAACAGCUAAAAAAAAAAAAGAAAAACGACAAAAAAGAAGAAAAAAGAAAGCCUGACCUCCUUCAACGACUUGUCGUCCCACGCAUCCGCGCAAAAAAAGACCCGUUUUUUGUUUUUUCUUGAAAAGACGAUCGAUCCAGGCAGGGUCCAGAACGAUGAACGCGAUCGACAUUUGACUGUAUCAUAUAUCCAUGAGAGAAUCCCCCCCCCCCCCCCCCC